AUGGUAGAGAAGGAGGCUCAAUCAGAGACAUGCUUCGCUUUCGACAUCCUUAGUGAGGGACAGACGGAGGUAAAUGAUGUUGUGGCCGACGAAAUUGAGUUUUUGAAGGCCAACUAUGACAGUAUCCAUAUCGUGGAGUGUGAUGGACACUACCCCAGGGUAUUACUUACCCUCGACGCAGAGUUGAUACCGAAGCGUCGAGUGGUACUUGAAGUCAGCAUUGUGGCAGGUUACCCGUUUGUGGCGCCCAAGGUGCGUAUUUUGCUCGCCCAUGGCGUGACACCAGGGAGUAGUGGCGCAUUGGACGAGACUGAAGUGAAGCAAAUUCAGGCAGAUGUAAAGGAGACCAUCAGCCCGUGUCUUCUUGCUGGUGCCCCAUGCAUCAUGCAGAUUAUUGCCGUGGUGGAAAGGGUGUUAUCUAACGGUGUUCACCGCUCGUGUACACCACCGGCUCCUGCGAAGACGACAGAGGCUGCAGCACCUCCGCCUCCCACGCCAACUGUGCAAGCGCAAGAAGUUGUGAAGUUGGGUGUCCUACUUCUGCACUUACUCAACAAGUGUUGUCAUUUGAAGGAUCCAGAAUCUAAAGAGGAAGCGAGUGGCAACUAUCAAUCCUUGGCUCAUUACUUGAUUACUGACGUCAAAGCGCUUCCAAAGAAGCUACAAAAAUGUAUUCCUUGGAAGUACGAUUACGCUCAGCGUGCCUUUCGCGACAGCAUCCAUGAGUCUAUGGAUAGUGCAGAUGCCCUCACCAAGUGGCUCUGGGCACAGGAAGAGGGUACUGGCACAUUUCAGCGCAGCUCACCUGGAAGAUACAAAAGUGAGUUCAUUGAGCAACGCAUGCUAGGGUCAGGAGGAUUUGCGCCGGUCUAUGUAUGCCGGAAGAAAGUCGAUGGGCGACUCUAUGCCGUGAAGAAGAUUGUGAUACGGACAAAACAAUCCGAGAAGGCGCUGCGAGAGGUGCAGAGUUUGGCGGCGCUUACCCACAAACACAUUGUGCGUUACUAUGACGCGUGGAUUGAGCCUGGAUGCGAUGAGGGCCUGAUGGAUUAUGUCGGUGCCGCUGAGGAGGAGGAGGCGGAGGAAUAUGAAGAAGAGGAAGAGGAAGAAGAUGCCUUGCCGAUUGGGAACGCAGGGCGGCGCCUGCUACCAUAUUGCAGGUUGGAGAAGACCAUUGGGGAGGAAGAAGAGACAUCAAGCGAUGAAGAAUCGUCCCAUGACUCGUCUGACGACGACGACGACUUCCCACGAGGCGUCUUGAGUACUCCAUACCUCGCACAUACUGAGGAGUAUCAUACACUUUAUAUCCAGAUGGAGUUGUGCUCCAAGCAGACACUGCGGCAUUUAAUCGAUCGGUGUGACAAGGAGGAAAAGUCUCUGUUUACAUCAGAUGACGGAGAGAAGAUGGCAGCAAGGAUAUUUCGCCAGUUACUGACGGUUGUGGCUCACUUCCAUGGGGAGAGGAUAGUUCAUCGAGACCUUAAACCAGACAACAUUCUGUUUGAGAUGGAGAAUUCUACGAAUGGUGGUGAAAUCGGGACAAUCCGAGUGGGAGAUUUUGGUUUGGCACGAACGAUGCAUCCGUCGGUUAAACGAAAUGCGAGCAGUUUUAACGUGGAUGAUCCAAAGUCCAUUGAUGAGUUAGAGAUUGGAGCCAGACCAACAGGGAACUUGGGAUCUGUUCUGUACUGCGCGCCGGAGCAAGAACAGGGUGAAAACUACGACUUCAAGGUGGACGAAUAUAGCCUUGGAAUGAUUGCACUUGAAAUGUGGCUUGCGGUGGCAGGUAAGGGAUUUAGGGAAAGAUUUAACAUCAUGACAGAGGUCAGUGAAGGAAAGAUGCUUCCUCAAUGGUUUUGGACAUGGAAUCCAAGAAUGGCGGGUGUGAUUUCCAAUCUUCUUGAGCGUGAGCCAAGCGCACGACGUUCAUGUGAAGAAGUUCUCAAUACAGCAGAACUCCCUGGAGAUCCUGCCGACAUCGUGGAGGCAUUGGAAACGAUCGAAAGGCAUGGAGAGCGCAUGGCCGGGCGUGUACUUCAUUGUGUGCACCGGAUAAUGGUGAAUCAUUACCGCAGACCACAUGCCCAAAUAAAAGAGAAUGUAAAGGCACUUGCCAGUAAUGUGGUGCUUGAUAUUAUGCAGGCGGUCAGUAUAAUCGGAAUUCUCCACGGUGCUGCUCCGAUUGCUUGCUGCGAUGCACUGGUACCCAUGAACCCCUCGCUUAACGAGUUGGAUGUGCCAUGCGUGCUAGACAUGGGAUCAAGGGUUUGGGCGCUCCCAUCUCAACCACAACUCGCCACCGCAUCCUUCUUCAGUAUGUUGGCGAGCCCCAACAUUGGUUCGUUUUAUCAAUUCUACUACAGGACACGCCCCUAUGCUGUAUUCACGUCACCGUUAAGCGCCCGUGGAGUAUUCGAUGAAGCUUUCUUGGAUCCAUUGCUUUCGUUUCUUCACCUUCUUUCGGUGACAGAUUUGACAUCAAAACUGGAUAUUAUAAUUUCACACUCCAAUUGGUUGAACGCGACGCAUCCGACGCAGGCUGGCUCCCAGCAACCGCCUAGUGAAGUACUAAACAUGCGUGAGAUGAUUGAUUCGAGCGAAAUGGUUCGGCCCGCUGUUUAUAAAAUCGAAUGUGUACUCGCUGAAGCCGGCGUCUUGGCGCCUUCAUUAGAAAGACAUGAGUUAGUAAGAAACUUCACCUCAGGCUUAUUAGAAGUUCUGCCGCUCUUUGGUAAACAGGUCGCUUCGAACAUUAGCCUGAGCAUUGACCCAGCCUUGAAGCCAAGUGAAACAUCUGUGGAUAAAUCGUUUCUCGAGAGUGGUUUGAUAUUUGAAUGUCGCACACGGGAUGAAAGUAAGCCCAUUGCAUUUUGCUGUGGCCUUGAAAACUUCACAAGCAAAUGUGCUGCGCGAAACACAGAUGUCACUGCAAUCUGCUUGAAUAUUGACCUCAUUGAAUUGGGUGCUGUGGGCCGGCACGUUCGUUUCCCUAGCUCUGAGGCAGUGCUGUUCAGCGGGGUGGCGAUCCGUCGUCAAGACGUGUACUCGCCCAAUCAAAUAAACACGGUUCUUACGGCUGCUGUGAGGGCAUGGGGAGACAACAUUCGGGCCUGUCUGCGGUCUGACCACGAUACUCGUGGAUUCUGCAAAGCCAUGAAGGGAAAAGGCAUACAAGCGGUUUUAUUGGAUGGAAGUCAGAUUGUAUCCCUCGCGCCAUUUCAGCAAGGGAAAGUUGGUAGUCGGUCGGACGCCAUUUCACCCGAAAAAUUAUGUCUGACCAUACGGAAGAAGUGCGUGGAACGCCCGAUGGACGUUGAGCCGAAAGAUCCUGUGAUUUUCUUCAUGAUGAAAGAAAAGAGAGCACUGUCCGAGAAUGCCAUGGAGGUUCUUUCCAUGAUUAGGGAAUCCCUCACGCACAUCCUUGUGGUGGACGAGGAAGUGAAAAGGGUGGAGGAAAGUGUCCGCCAAAUUGUCUUUGACGCGACAACGCUGGAAGGUGAACGUGUCAAACUUCCGGAGUUGGUUGAUUGGCUUAAAAAGCAAAUGUCAAAGCACAGCCUACUUCCUAUUUAUUCAGUACCGGACAGAACAGUGACGUUCCUCGUUGACCAGAAGCAAUUCAGACCGGCGAACCACAAUGACAAUGGAAAACGAAGGAAAUAG